UCAUGCAUCUUCUCUCUCCCUUAAAGUUACAGCUACAAGUGUUCGUCUCUUGUGCUCUCGAGUGAGUCUGCGCGAAACCCUAAUCUCCUCGCUGAAAUUCUCGCUUCUCGCAGGUCAUCUUUCACAUGUCUGAAUUAAUGGAGCUGUCAUCAUCUCCUCUGAUUCCAUCGCUUCCAGACGACGUCACCGUUGACGUCGUGGCUCGUGUGCCCAGAAGCCACUACCCGACACUCUCCCUCGUCUCCAAGAAGUUCAGGAAACUCAUUGCCUCGCCUAAGCUCUACAAGAGGCGAUCUCAGCUAGGCAUCACCCAACACCGCGUCUACGCUCUUCUCCGCAACCGCAACACGGGUGACUGCCGUUUCUACAUCCUACACCGGAAACUCAACUCUAGAAACCGCUUGGUCAUCGUCCGAUCGCUCCCUCCCGUGUCUUCCCGUGGAAGCUUUGUCUCGGUGGGUUCGAAGGUGUACGUGUUCAACGAUGUUGAUGCCCUCUGCAUUGACUGUGCCUCCCACACGGUGCAGCCCAUCCCUGACAUGCCUCAGCGCUUCUCGGCGACUCCCAUGCCUAGUAAAGUUGCUAAUGUCAUCGACGGGAAGGUUUACCUGAUCGGUGAUUCCCGUUUCACUUUUGAUGGUGGGAUGUCGUGGAGUAAAACAGUGAUGGUGCUUGAUGCAGAAACGCAAGUGUGGGAGCCGGCGAUGAUAAAAGAAGACAUGUGGGUUGGUGCUCUUUGGUCUGAUGCGGUGGUGAUGGAGGAUAAGAUUUGCAUGAAAGGUCACAGGAAUGCCAAUUCUUUUGUUUACGAACCAAAGGAGAAGAAAUGGGAACUGAUGGACGAGGUGUUGAACUCUAAGGACUGGGUGAGUGCGUGUGUGGUUGAUGAUCUCCUCUACUAUCACGAUUGUUCAGAGAAGGCGUUAAGGGCGUAUGAUCCGAAGCAGAGCCGCUGGAGUGUUGUCAGCGGUUUGGAAGAGUUUUUGGCGUCCGAGUGUGCCCAGUCAAAGUGGCACAAUGCGGUGAAGUGCGGCGAGAAGAAGCUGGCUCUCUUCUUUCCUAAAAAACAUGACGGCAAGGAGGUCAUUUGCUGCGCGGAGAUUGCUUUGGAAAGGCGCCAAGGAGGAGAGGUUUGGGGUAAGCUGGAGUCGUGUGAUGUUGUCAUCGAGGAUGGUGGGCUGUUUGACGUGGUGAAAUGUGUAGCUGUUACGGUUUGAUGCAGCAUAAUAACUCUGUUUAGAUCCCUUCGUAUUUUCAUUUAUCCUAAAUGCCAUUUCGUGUGGUUGUGAGUUUGUUAACAUCGUUAGUGUCGACUAAAAACUUGUGCUAUAUAUGUUCUGUUAAUUUUGCUAUGUUUUAUUCUUGAAUCGUUUCUUUAGA